UAAGGAAAAACGGUAAACAUUUCAAUUUUUGACGUUAAUUUAACAAGAGCUGUAUCCCAUCUAGCCAUGACCCUUUGGCUAAUAUGAGCGAGUGAAAGAUUUGCCUCCGUACUUUCGCCAAAACGCACACUUGUGUCGAAAUUGUCGGCAGGUUCUUCAAGCUAUUCAUUCACCAAAACAAACUUUGCUUUACACGUUUACCUGUCAAUAUAGUUCAGCUGUGACACAGUCAAAUGAGAAAUUGUGCGAGGUGAAACCCAUUUAGAAACGUUUUGUCAACGAAAUGGCGAUGUUAUUCUGGGAAAGAGGACUUCGCAACGCUGUUACCAAAAAGGCUAUGCAAGGAGUCCAGCUCUACUGUACGUCAGUGGUAUCAGGCAGAGAGCGUGUGAAUGGGGUGGAUCUGUUCUACCAGCAGACUGGAAAAGGAGACCAUGCUGUUUUACUACUGCCUGGAGCUCUGGGAAGUGCUCAGACUGACUUUGGGCCGCAGCUGAAGUCUUUGAGUAAGGACCGCUUCACUGUGAUUGGUUGGGACCCUCGCGGGUACGGAAACUCCCGCCCCCCGGAGAGAGACUUCCCACUGGACUUCUUUGAGAGGGACGCCAAGGACGCUGUGGACCUGAUGCAGGCGUUGAGAUUUCCAAGGUUCUCUCUGCUGGGCUGGAGUGACGGAGGCAUUACUGCUCUGAUUGCAGCAGCCAGGAACCCCUCCCUGGUCAAUAAGAUGGUGGUGUGGGGCUCCAACGCAUAUGUCUCACCACAAGAUGUAAAGAUCUACAAUGCGAUCCGUGAUGUGUCUCAGUGGAGUGAGAGGAUGAGGAGGCCCAUGGAGGAAGUGUAUGGGGCAGAGCUCUUCAUUAAGACCUGGGAAGGAUGGGUGGACGGGAUUGGACAGUUCGCCCAGAGACCAGAAGGAAGCAUCUGUAUGGAGCUGUUGCCUCAGAUCAGCUGUCCCUCUCUCAUCAUCCACGGAGAGAAGGAUCCCAUGGUGCCCAGCUUCCACCCUCAGUAUCUCCUCAAACACAUCAAGGGUUCAAGGUUGCAUCUGAUGCCGGAAGGGAAACACAACCUGCAUCUGAGGUUUGCUGCCAAGUUCAACAAGCUGGUUGAAGACUUCCUGAACCAGUGAUGGACAUAGGAAUAGGGUGCCAUUUGGGACGCAGCCUAACAUUUUGCAGUAUGUAGGGAUUAGGGUACCAAUUCGGUUACACAAAUCCUGCACCCACAGGAAAUGAGAAGCUUUCAGGCCUGGGUCUGUGUUCAAGAGUGGACAAUAUUGAAGGAGCACUAUAGAAAGCAACAGUAAUAAUCAAUCGGAGUCUGGUCCAUUAAUUAACUGACUUAUCACUGAAUUACUGGUAUAUGAGCCAAAAUAAAUACCCAUCCACAUGACUAUUGCAAAUGUUAUGUAUUAA